GCAUUCUCCGCGUUACGCUUGUAUUGCAGAAAGUUUCAUUUGAUCUUUGGAUCAGAGCAACCACGAAGAGGACAAUUCCAAAGUGCCUCAUCGUGGCAAAGAAAGCAAACGGCAUCAGGCGCAUGUCGCCACCACUCUCACCUGUACAUGUUGCCGAUGCCUCUGACGACCUUCCUGACGAAGCGGUGGAAUCUCCAAUGGUUUCCGAUCACGGCAACGACGACUUUCCUGACGAAGGGGUGGAAUCCGAAAUGGCAUGCCCAGUGCGAAUUCUCACCUUUUAUUGGGUGGUGGCCCGACCCAAGAAUCCAACAGGCAGGUGUCUAGUGCGGGCAUUUCUGCAACCUUGUGCCUUAGUUCAGAUGGGGACAACGGGGAGUGCCUCGCACGUCGCCUCCCAGCCGAGACGCGCCAUUGGAGCUCCACCACAGGUCGCCUCCCAGCCGAGACGCCCCAUUGGUGCCCCACCAGAGGCGCCAACUGCGCUGGACAGUGAGCGAACCAGCGACAUCCAGUCGCCUCCCAGCCGAGACGCCCCAUUGGUGCCCCACCAGAGGCGCCAACUGCGCUGGACAGUGAGUGAACCAGCGACAUCCAGUCGCCUCCCGGCCGAGACGCCCCAUUGGUGCUCCACCAGAGGCGGCACCUGCGCUGGACAGCGAGUGAAUCAACGACAUCCAGGCGGCAGCGCCGGAGGUUCCACCAGCUUGAAAGGCCGGCCAUUGUGGUGUGAUGCUUCGGAUUCGAGCUCGGAUGCGAGCACCUCACCGCUUGCCCGAGGUGAUGCCGCGCCGCCUUUGCCUUCCUGUCCAAAUUCGUCCCUCACAGUGCCAAGCACGUUGACAUCGACCAAUGAUGACGAUGUUGCACCAGUGCCGAUCUCUUUAGCCACUGCGAUUCGCAAUGGAACCGCUGAGUCUGAUGCUUCUGACUUGGAGACUUUUGCAGUUCCAGAGGGAUGCCGCGCAGCAGUCAAAGAAUGGACCGCCAAUUUUCUUGCCUUCUUGUCUUCGCAAUCUAGAGCGGCAUCUUUCUUCAAGGCAUUGCAAAGCAUUCUCUCGAUUGAGCCAAGCGUCUUUGCAAACACCUGUGCUCAACUUGCCACGAGUUUGCCGAGUUGGAAUGCUUUCUUUUGUGAUUCUGCCAGCAGGUUCGCUGAUCCUGUCUUUGUCCCGGCGUUAUCCGAGACUGCAGCUCCAGAGCAUCUUCAACUGCUACUCUUCGGGCUUGUCCCACUUCAUCUACCAGCCACAGAGAACAUCUUCUAUUGUUUCAAAUCGACUCGCCUGGAAUGUCUUCACUUUCUGAAAACUUUGCAAGCCACUGUGCGCAUGCCUCCUUGUCGAUGUUUGCAGCGCGUUGGCGAGCAUCUCUGCGGUUGCGGUCUUUCGCAGCUUUGCCUGGUUUUGUCCCCCGCAUAUGUGGUGGACUUGAUCAUUAUUGACAGCUACAGUUGCUUGUUUCACGUCUCUAGCUUUCAUUCCUUCCGGCCGCUCUCCUGGCAAGCGGCGAUCCAGAAACUGCGUUCCCCCAACUGCUUCUUGUUCGUUUUCGUUCAUUCCACUGGCCACUUCGUGCAAGCAAUGCUCCAUGUACCCUCUUCGUCGUCUUGUCCUGAAAUUUGGCUGGGGCAACCUCAACCCACGGCGCGCGAAGCUUGCGUAGCUCGAGUUCCUCUCAAUGUUGCGGAUCCCCCUUUGACCGCGCGUCUAAGCAGGCACGCCAUGCAGCGGUUUGCGACUUGCGCAGCCUCAUCCGAGCCUGCAGCUGGUGCUUCUUCCUCUGCGCCGCGUGGCUCCGCCGACACUCCUGUGGGAAGGUCGCUCCGUGAUGAAUGCAGCAGCCUCUUGCACUGCAGCCCGGAGGUCUUCGAUCGAACAUUUCAACGAAUUUACCAACGCUCUCCCGAGCGAGCACAGGUCGUAGCAAGAUAUUUGCUUGCAGACUUGGUACGAUUUCCUGUGGACUUGAUCGAAGCAGAGCUUCCGGAAUUUUUUUCCCAUGACUUCUUUGCUUGCACAGAAAGCCGGAUGUCCAUUUGCCUCUGUUUGGAUAGCGGCGCGAAUAAAAGCGGCAUCAUGACAGCCCUGUGCGAUAUUGUUUCUGGAUUCGAAAAAAAUCUGCUCGAUGAUGCGUUGCAAAAAGCUAGAAACGAGCAUGCAGAAGAAGGCGACGAUGAGGACCUUGGAUUCGACGCGCAUGGCGACGGAAGCAAGAAGCGCAAAACAUCGGUGGCACAAGCGCUUGCACGUAUCCGGCAAAAUAAGCCCGCGCUCUUUUCUGAUGAAGGCUCCCUUCCAGCCAUUGGGCUUCAAAUGUCGCAAAACGGGCAUCGUGCCAUUGGAAUGUACGAUGAAGGUCGUUUCCUCUUGCGCGCCUUGUCCAAUGGCGAAGGUUCGGGCUUCAAUGCCUCUACCAUGUCCAAGCUGUUCAAUGGUUCUGUUUGGAAGCGUACAGUUGUGAAAGAUCACAACCGGUUCUCCAUGCACCACACAUGCCUCUGCCUGUGCAUGACUUUCCACAUUGAAGAGUGGCACGAGUUUUUGUCUAAAGAUGGAGCCUUGGGCAUGCAGAGCCGGUUUCUCACGUUCCAUAGUUCUCCUCGCUUGGACAAAGCGAAUGCCGUGCUCGAUGCGGACGUAUAUCGUGGCGACGAUGCAGAUGCACCUCUUCACAACGCCUCUUUGCUGGGGCGGUUUGUGGACGUGCUUGUUUACACGGAUCGUGCACAUGCAUCCGAGAAAGACUACAUCCCGUAUUAUUUUGCAGCGGAUGCGCUUCAGUACUUUUCAACUCACUUUGACCAGCAAGUUCUGGAGCAAGAACUUUCAUACCUACAAGAUCCGAAAAAAUUCAGCCACGCACGGAAACUUAAGUCUUUGCCUUGGAGGCUUGCGAUACUUUUGCAUUCUUGGCGGCAUGCUUGCUUCCAGAUGGGAAAUGAGAAUGCAAUGUGGAGCCGUAGGUUGUCGCAAUCUGUUGUGAAAGUGUCCAAAACCAUUUUCGACUAUCUGUCCCUGCAAUCUCAAUUCUUGUCGCCUGCAUCGGAUUUGCUGCAGCUCCUGGAUCAAAACAGCUUGCGACAACAGGCGUCGCAAAAAUAUCCUUCCUUGGUUUCGCUCCUCGAGGGCAAAUCCUUCCCAACAGCUUCUAUCCCAGAUCCUCUUUCCCAUUGCUCCACGAACUUUCCGCAAUGGUGGGACGCUUUAGCUGCAAGUGAUCGUCUCUAUUGCGUCGUCGGUGCCCAAUGGCUUCUCACGUCCACAUCGACCCCGACAAUUACUGGCGGCUCUACAUCGUCUAGACUUGAUCGCCUGCUCUUUCCUGCUUCUGCCGACUUACUCCCUGUCUUCGUUGUUGCGAAUUACCUUGCAGACACUGAAUGCCGAGGCUUGGUGGCUCACGCCAUGCUGCGGGAAACCUAUCCUGGAAUGCAGCUUGAUUCAGCCGACUGCGAUUUCAUCCUGCAGAAGCUGGAGAACCACGCACCUCAUUUGCUGGGCACAACACUGCACAUCCCGGAGUACGUUCCCUUUCACUGCGUGCGUCCACCAGUAUCUGCAUGCGUCGCGUGUUCACGUGUGCUGGCACCUCUGCGUGAAAAAGUUGUGCCUUGCAUCGCUACUUUGGAAAGGCAAAAUUUUGUCAAAGUGUGCACGUACAUAUGUCCUCAGUGCCACCGAAAGUAUUGCGGCCCAUGGAUUGAAGCUACUUCCGCCAGUGGCCGAGAAAGUCGGUAUUUAUCAACAGCAUCCCCAACUACAUUCCAUACGUCCUCCAAUAUCCUUUUCGCGGCAAGCUUUCUCGACACAGUGACGAAUCUUCUGGUGAAUUGCGGCGGUUCCUUUCGCGGCAUUGCCAACUCAAUCCAGUUUGCUUCCAAAACCCGGCACUUUGAAACAUUGCUGCGAGACACCUGGCUGCAAUAUUCUUUGACGCGGUUUCUCGGCGACGAAAGCUUAAGCAUCGAUUGGGCUCUUUCCAACAAUAGAAUGGAGCCCCUCUGUCGCCUCCUUGAGCCACGAAUCACCAACCUCUUUCAAACACGCUGGCUUCACAUGCACGAAUGCAGCGCUUGUUCUACCGGCGUCCUCGUCGUGGAUGGCAAUGCUAAGGUGCGAACAAAAUUGUGUGCAAACACCGACGAUGGCAUUUGGAAUUGCAAUCUUCUAAAAGCUCAUUGCCUUACCGGCUGCCAAAAUCCGCCAAUGCCCGGCAAGAAAUAUUGCUGCGUUCAUCUGCGUGAUUCUGAUCCAGUCCUGGGCUCCGAUACACUGAUGUUGCGCGUUCUUUCCUUUUUGCAUCCUGCCGCGCCCCAGCUCACAAUCCAGGCUCAGUGUGUGUUGCCUUGUCUCCCAGUUUGCCGACGAUUAUGCAAAGCUUUGCGGUUUGCUUUGGUGCAUGCUCACGGCAGUUAUCCUGUGGAUCUUCUCAAGGUCAUCAAAGUCUCCCGCUCGCGCAAGUAUUUCUUUCAGACUGCUGCUGGAGACUCCUUCUCGCUGUUGAGCUCUCACGUUCCUUUACGGUUCCAACAGCAGUUUGGUGCUUCCUUUUUUGAUCCCGAAUCGCGGGAAUGCCAGGUCAAACCGCGCACGGGCCAACAAAUAACAUUCACCGACAAAGAGCAGGGGAAGAGCUGCCGGGCACAAUGGGAUCGGAUGACCAAAGCCAGACGUGUCGCUCGUGGAAAAGAGCUAAAGAAACUUUCCAAAAAGGAGCGGCUUCAAUUCUUGCACGAACAUCUUCCUCUGGUGUGGUACGAUUGUGCGUGCACUCUGAAGAAAUUUAUCACAGCGAAAAAGCGUCGCAAUCGCAACAAAAUCACACGCACGCUGUCAAAAUUAAGGCUGGCCAUUGACAAAUUUCAUUUUCGGAAAGGCCGCUCUGGUUGUCGGCCCAAUGGCACCUCGCCUUUGCCCUCCGUGUGGCCGCAAACGCAUGCUCAAUUCCGCCGCUUUAAUGAUAGCGCUGCAGAGCAAUCCUUUGCAUUUCUGAAACGCAUUGCUGUGGCCGCGCGACGAAUGACACCUGUACGUGGCUUGCUGUUUGUGCUCUUGCUGCAGCAUGCCCGCAAUCUGUUCCUGGAAACUGCCGCAAUCCAAAAGCAGCAUCGGAAGAACCAUCAACGUGCGGCCUUCCUGCAGAAAAGAAGUUUCGAAGAAAGUUCCGAAACUAGAUUUCUUCGCACUCGACAUGAUUGUAACAUGACCCAGCAUGAUGGCACUAAGACGACGUCAGCAGCCACUGUGGAAGAUGAUGUCUUGCCGUGCUGCCAGGGUGGCGGUAGUGACAUGAGGAGGUCGUCUCCCCGCACUGACAAGAAGAGCGGUCUUGAUCUUCAGCCAAGGCAGUUCAUGGCGAUACAAUUUGCUACAGCUGGAAACUACUCGCUGGGCGCAAAGUUGGCCCGACAAAACAUGCCGCGCAGCGUGCAUUUCGCCAUGGGACAGAAAUGGCACGGUCACAGCUGGCCUCCACGGUUUCACGGCUCAGCCGUGGAACCGUGCGGCCACGGCUCGGCUCCACGGUUCCACGGCUCAGCCGUGGAACCGUGGAGCCCAGCCGUGGCCGCACAGCUCACGGCUGAGCCGUGGAACCGUGGAACCGUGGAACCGUG